AUAUCGCUGUGACACUGCGGGGAUGCUCUGAGGGGACGGGUGUCGGUGUGGCACCAGUGCACGCUGAAGGAGCCGGCGGAACGGGGUGGUCAUGGGGAUGUGGGCGUCGCUGGACGCGAUGUGGGACAUGUCGGCCGAGAAGCGUAUCUUCGGGGCCGUGUUGCUCUUCUCCUGGACAGUGUAUCUUUGGGAGACCUUCCUAUCACGGCGGCAGAGACGGAUAUAUAAAACAACAACUCAUGUACCACUGGAGUUAGGACAGAUCAUGGAUUCAGAAACAUUUGAGAAAUCUCGACUGUAUCAGCUGGAUAAAAGUACUUUCAGCUUCUGGUCAGGACUCUAUUCGGAGAUUGAAGGCACCCUUAUUCUUCUCUUUGGAGGAAUCCCUUAUCUCUGGAGACUCUCUGGGCGGUUCUGUGGCCAUGCUGGCUUUGGACCAGAAUAUGAGAUCACUCAGUCCUUGGUGUUUCUGCUGUUGGCUACACUUUUCAGUGCAUUGACUGGUUUGCCGUGGAGUCUUUAUAAUACUUUUGUGAUAGAAGAAAAACAUGGUUUCAAUCAGCAGACUUUGGGGUUCUUCAUAAAAGAUGCAAUCAAGAAAUUUAUUGUGACUCAGUGCAUUUUAUUACCUGUGUCUUCACUUCUACUUUACAUUAUUAAAAUUGGGGGAGACUAUUUUUUUAUUUAUGCCUGGCUGUUCACACUAGUUGUGUCUCUGGUGCUUGUCACCAUCUAUGCUGAUUACAUUGCCCCUUUAUUUGACAAAUUCACACCUCUUCCUGAGGGAAAGCUUAAACAAGAAAUUGAAGUCAUGGCAAAGAGUAUUGACUUCCCUUUGACUAAGGUGUAUGUUGUUGAAGGAUCUAAACGCUCUUCCCACAGCAAUGCUUAUUUUUAUGGCUUCUUCAAGAACAAGCGAAUAGUUUUGUUUGACACUCUACUAGAAGAGUAUUCUGUACUAAACAAAGACAAACAGGAGGAGUCUGGCAUGGAACCCCGCAAUGAUGGAGAAGGGGACAGUGAAGAAAUAAAAGCUAAAGUUAAAAAUAAGAAACAAGGAUGUAAAAAUGAGGAAGUGCUUGCUGUGCUAGGCCAUGAACUGGGGCACUGGAAGUUGGGACACACAGUCAAAAAUAUCAUUAUUAGCCAGAUGAAUUCUUUCCUGUGUUUUUUCUUGUUUGCUGUAUUAAUUGGUCGAAAGGAGCUUUUUGUUGCAUUUGGUUUUUAUGACAGCCAACCCACUCUAAUUGGACUAUUGAUCAUCUUCCAGUUUAUUUUUUCACCUUAUAAUGAGGUUCUUUCUUUUUGCCUAACAGUCCUAAGCCGCAGAUUUGAAUUUCAAGCUGAUGCAUUUGCCAAGAAACUUGGGAAGGCUAAAGACUUAUAUUCUGCUUUAAUCAAACUAAACAAAGAUAACUUGGGUUUCCCUGUUUCUGACUGGUUGUUUUCUAUGUGGCAUUAUUCUCAUCCUCCACUACUAGAGAGACUUCAGGCUUUGAAAAAUUCAAAACAGGACUGAGUUGCCCAAGGUCUGCAACUGAAGACAUUUCUGAUUAUUUCUGUCCUGGCAGCAUGUUCUGGCUCUUGAUGUUUUUAAACGUUUUUUUUUUUUUUUAAGAAAAAUUAUUAAGUAUGGAAAAGCCAAGAUUUAAAUACAUUUAAUAUCUCAUUUCAAAAAUGAUUUUAAUAAUCCAUUUCUUAAAGAAAACACUGGAUGAAAUUUUGAGGCUUCAUGUUUUUAAAGGCAUAGUUUUAUCUUUAAAAUCUAGUUUACCAUCAACUUGUAAAAUUACUUGAGAAAAUACAGAACUUGUUUUAUUUACAUGCUUAUAUGGAACCUGCAUAUAAGGGGUUUGGGGGCAUAUGUUUAAAAGGGAACACCACCUCUGAAUCCUCUCUGUAAGGCAGAAACAGUGGUCCUGAAUCACUGUGCUCAUACCUAAGUUGAGACUUAUUUUUACUUUCAUGCUGUUAUGAUUUAAGCUGGCUAAUCAGUGUUUUAAAUAAGGAAGAAAGAUAAUAAUUGGUAAGGCUGAUGUUUUGUAAAUGAGAGUAGUUAGAAAUAUGCUCUCUCCUGUUCUAUCAAAUUUCUCUGUUCCCUCUCUUGCUAUACACUGAUCAGGAGUUUCUAAUAAUGCUUUGAAAUUAGAAAUUAUGUGCAGAAUGUUUUAAAUCACUGGGUUUUGUUUUUGUUUUUAAGAAAGUCUUUCUCUUUCUUUCCACCUGGUGGGUAUGAUUCCAUUAGGGGUAAACGAGUAUUUUUCUAAACAUUCAGCUUUUUCUCAUUCAUACUCUUGUAUUCAGUAAACAGUGCAUCCUUUUACUUAGCAGGAAUUGCCAUGUUGAACAGGCUUUGCUAUUUUAAAAGUGGGAGAAUGUGGAAAGAAGAAGAAAUGACAUUUUAAGAGAUAUAAGAUUGAAAUACUGAUGAUUCUUCUAUGAUGUUACAGGAAAAAAUAUAAUUUUCUAUCUCUUUCAAGGACAGAAGAGUUUCCGUUUUUAUUUUUCUAAUUUUUAUCAGUAAGUCAUAAGUGCUAUUUAAUCAGUCCUGAUUCCAUUUUAGAAAAUUAUAGUUCUUGAUAUGCAGACAAUUUUUAUUUUCAAAAUAAAUGUCAUGAAAGAUUUCCAGUUUUUGAAGCUGCAUGUUUGACUGAUUCAAAUCUCUGUCCACUUUCUGAAUGAGACCCAACUUUGUGCCUAGAGCUCCCACCCACUGGUGAUGUGUAUCUUCUGGGCAUUUAUUCCAAAGUGGGAUCAACUGUGCGUGCUUGGUAUCUGGCCAGAAAGUCUUUUGCUCAGCUGAUAUUUGGGUGAUGUCUUUACAUGGAAAUACAAUAAAAAUAAACAUCUAGUUUAGUACCGCAUUAUUUAUUUUCCUAAGGCUAAAGAGGAACAGUGCUAUGAUUUGAUCCAGCAUCUUUCAUCUGUGAACUCAUGCUGUGAUAACUGCCUUUCCUUCCUUCCGUGCCUUUAAAUACAAAUUUCAGCUCUGCACAAGUGAAACAUUAAAAAUUGCCAAUGCAUAUUGAUAUUCUUUGUCUUUAAUUUGACAAAAUUUGUCUGUCAUUUGUUACCUAGCAGAUAUAUGUUUAUUACCCUAGAGGAACCAAGUGCUAGUACUGGGUUGGCCAAAAAGUGCCUUCGGUUUUUAAGUAAAAAUAAAAGACACAUUUUUCACUUUCACCAAGAACUUUAUUGAACACUGUAUUCGCCCUUUUGUUCCACUACCUUCUGCCAUUUUUCAGGCAACUUCAUAAUUCCAUCUUCCCAAAAUGUUUUAUCUUUUUGAGCAAAGAACUGUUCCAGGUGCCUUUUACAGUCUUCCAGGGAAUUGAAAUUUUUUCCAUUAAGAGAAUUUUGUAAAGACCAAAAUAAAUGGAAAUCUGAAGGUGCAAUGUCUGGUGAAUACGGUGGAUGAAUCAGAACUUCCCAUCCAAGCUAUAACAGUUUUGCCUGGUCAUCAAGGAAACACGCGGCCUUGCAUUAUCCUGAUGGAAGAUGAUGCGUUUUCUGUUGACUAAUUCUGGACACUUUUCUCAUUGAGUGCUGCUUUCAGUUGGUCUAAUUGGGAGCAGUACUUGUUGGAAUUAAUCGUUUGGUUUUCUGAAAGGAGCUCAUAAUAGAGGACUCCCUUCCAAUCCCACCAUAUACACAACAUCACCUUCUUUGGCUGAAGACCGGCCUUUGGUGUGGUUGGUGGUGGUUCAUUUCGCUUGCCCCGUGAUCUCUACCAUUCCACACUGUUGUACAGUAUCCACUUUUCAUCGCCCGUCACAAUUUGUUUUAAAAAUGGAACUUUUCAUUACAUUUAAGUAGAGAAUCGCAUGUGGAAAUAUGGUCAAGAAGUUUUAUUCCGCUUAACUUAUAUGGAGCCCAAAUAUCAAAGCGAUUAACAUAACCAAGCUGGUGCAAAUGAUUUUCAGUGCUUGAUUUGGGUAUUUUCAGUAUGUCGGCUAUCUCCCGCGUGGUAUAACGUUGAUUGUUCUCAAUUAAUGUCUCGAUUUGAUCGCUGUCAACUUCAACUGGUCUACCCAACUGUGGAGCAUCGUCCACCGAGAAAUCUCCAGCACGAAACCUCGCAAACCACUUUUGACACGUUCGAUCAGUCUCACAGCACCUUCUCCAUACACUGCACAAAUCUUUUUUUUGCAUUUCGGUUGCGUUUUUACCUUUCUUGAAAUAAUAAAGCAUAAUAUGCUGAAAAUGUUGCUUUUUUCCUUCCAUCUUCAAUAUUAAAAUGGCUACAUAAAAAUUCA